AUGGUUCUACAGCGGCUUCGAGAACAUAAGUUGUAUGUUAAAUUCAAGAAGUGCGAGUUUUGGCUAUCUCAGGUCUCUUUUCUCGGACACAUUUUCUGUAAAGAUGGAAUCAAGGUGGAUCCAGGGAAGAUUGAAUCCGCCAGGGAUUGGUGGAGACAAAAAUUAGUUACAGAGGUUAGAAGUUUCGUGGUACUGGCUGGUUAUUACCGUCAGUUUGUAGAGGGGUUCUCUAAGAUUUCAACACCUUUAAGUGAGCUUACCAAAAAGAAAAGGCAGUUUGUGUGGACGGAUAAGUGUGAAGCAAGCUUUCAGAAGCUAAAACAGAGAUUAAUCACAACUCCAAUGCUAGCUCUACCUUCAGAUAAAGAAAUGUUCGUAGUUUGUUAUGACGCAUCUAGACAGGGUCUGGGGUGUGUGCUGAUGUAG